ACUAAACACAGAAGUAGAUUCAUCAUGCCCACCUCACUGUCUCAUAAAAAACCGCAAGAUUCUGACCUGGAAAAUAGCCAACUACUUCUGUUAUCCCAAACUUCACCACCCUAUAAAUAACGAUUACUGUCAGUUAUUGUAUCUCAGUCUUCUUUUUUUUCAGUAACAAUCUUUCAAAUUAUGGCCGUAGCAAGCAAGAUUCUGGUGAUCGGCGGUACUGGAUAUAUCGGCAAGUUCAUCGUCGAAGCCAGCGCAAAAGCCGGCCACCCUACGUAUGUUCUCGUGAGAGACUCCACUCUCUCUAGCCCCAACCCUGCCAAAUCCAAAAUUAUCAAUAAUUUCAAGAGCCUUGGCGUUAAUUUUAUAAGUGGAGAUUUGUAUGAUCAUGGGAGCUUGGUGCAGGCCAUAAAGCAGGUGGAUGUGGUGAUAUCAACGGUCGGUCAUGCUCUGUUAGCUGAUCAAGAUAAGAUCAUUUCUGCCAUUAAAGAAGCUGGAAAUGUCAAAGUAUGUAGAUUUUUACCAUCGGAGUUUGGAAAUGAUGUGGAUAGAGUGCAUGCUGUUGAGCCAGUAAAGUCGGCAUAUGCAAUUAAGGCUAAUAUCCGGCGAGCUACGGAGGCUGCUGGAAUUCCUUAUAUAUUUGUUUCAUCCAACUUUUUUGCUGGAUACUUUCUUCCUACUCUCAACCAACCCGGAGCUACUGUUGCUCCAAGAGAUAAACUUGUCAUCCUUGGCGAUGGAACUCCCAAAGCUGUUUAUAAUAAGGAAGAUGAUAUCGGCACUUACACGAUCAAAGCAGUAGAUGAUCCAAGAACAUUGAACAAAAUCCUCUACAUUAGACCCCAAAACAAUAUCUAUUCGUUCAACGAUCUCGCUUCUCUUUGGGAGAAGAAAAUUGGCAAAACCCUUGAGAAGGUCUACAUUUUAGAGGAGCAACUCCUAAAGGAUAUCCAAGAAGCGGUACCUCCGAGAAAUGUGGUUCUAUCAAUCUGCCACUCAGUGUUCGUGAAAGGAGAUCAUACCAACUUCCAGAUCGAGCCAUCAUUUGGAGUAGAGGCUUCAGAACUGUACCCUGAUGUCAAAUAUACCACUGUGGAUGAGUACCUUAAUCAAUUUGUUUGAGCCCUCUGUGUAGAACAAUCUUAAACAUUACCUUUUUUUAAACUGUUGUUAGCAUAAGACUCGACAUACCGAACACCGCUGGAGUAAUUGAGAGUAUUAAAUGAUAAAUUAAAAGCAUGAUGAACUAUA